UCAACAAAGGUGUGGCGUUGAUUCUGGCUGGUUAGCUGCUGGGAAAGAGCAAAUACCACUGUGACUUUUAACCUUGUUAAACAUUUUGAGGGAGGGAGGGCAUCAAAAAGGAGGUGCUGAAAAUGGAUCCCUAAAACUAGAUUUGGAACAAAGAAAUUGCAGAUUUGGCAGCCUCCUAAACUAUUAUUUUUGCAGGUACUUGUUGUUCCUCUUGGCUCGCCAACUCUCUGUUGCAAUCAUUUAGAUCUGCAUGGCAGAAAAAGGAGGAAAAAAGCCCAGCCCACAAUUCAAAUACAGCCAGCCCCUUUUAUGAGCGCAAUUCCCUCCUGAAGCAGUUCUGCUUUCCCUGGCUGGUGUCUUCAGUUAUGAGCUGGUAAUGUUCCCAAAAGAGGAGGAGGCCCAGUUAUGUUUUCUUGUUUUCCUCCCAACUUCUUCAGCGUUUUAGUCAGAUUCUCAUUUCUGUGAUGGAAGGGAGCCAAGGGAUUCUGAAGAAUGAAGAAAAUGGUGGCAAACAGCCAGGAGAUGAAGGUUCAAAGGGGGGGAAACCUCCAAGGAGGAUUAUUCAUUUUACAAGUGGUGAAACAAUGGAAGAAUACAGCACAGAGGAAGAAGAUAUGGAGGAAAGCGACCACAAUCCACUUCCUGACACUGUUGGCCUCUCCUGGGCUAGUUACCUGCGAUUUUGGGUUCUUCGAAUAGCAGCAACAACUUUUUUUACUUGCGAAUUUCUUGGUGGGAAGUUCGCCGCGCUGUUUGGACUCAAUGAAUCCAAAUAUCAAUAUGCAAUAGACGAAUACUAUAGGACACAGAACAAGGAAAGUGAAAGUGAUGAAGAUGGAGAAGAGAUGCAGGAGAUGGAGGGGACUGUUGCAUCAAAUGAAAAAGAACACCUGGAGAGGCAGAGCUUUGGAUAUGGGUCCAUUGAUUCUAAAGAGACACCUGCAUAUUCUCUGGAAAACACUGUUGCAGUGGUCAAUGAACUCGAAGAAGGUAGCCUCCCCAGUCCAAAAUGAACUUUAGCCACUGUCAAGUUUGUAAAUAAGCACUUGAUGCACAUCUAAAUAUGGAAUGCUUUGAAUAAAAAAAACACACAGCUUUGCCUUGUUACUGGAA